AUGACAAUAUUUUUGCAUGGAAGUUUGACGCGUUCGAUGAAUCCUGGCGACAUAGUUAGUGUUUCUGGAAUUUUUCAAGCGACACCUCAUCAUGGUUAUCGGGGUACAACUAGUCUGUUAACUGAUGUUUAUUUAGAAGGUCAAUAUAUAAGUCAGCUGAAAAAGCAAUACAAUAAAAUGAUAACAACUCCUGAAAUCUCGGAAAAGAUACAAGAGCUUGCUCAAGAUCGAGACAUCUAUGACAAGUUGUCAAAAAGUAUUGCACCAGAAAUAUAUGGUCACGAAGAUGUAAAAAAGGCUUUGUUGUUAUUAUUGGUUGGAGGAGUAUCAAAAUUCAUGGGCGAUGGAAUGAAAAUUAGAGGAGACCUGAAUAUAUGUCUUAUGGGAGAUCCCGGUGUUGCCAAAUCUCAGUUGCUUAAGUACAUAUCAAAAGUAGCACCACGUGGAGUAUAUACUACUGGACGUGGUAGUUCUGGAGUUGGUUUGACAGCAUCUGUGACUCGUGAUCCCGUAACCGACGAAAUGAUUUUAGAGGGUGGUGCUCUAGUACUUGCUGACAAUGGUAUCUGUUGUAUCGACGAAUUUGAUAAGAUGGAGGAUGGCGAUCGAACAGCCAUUCAUGAAGUUAUGGAACAACAAACUAUAAGCAUAAGUAAAGCCGGUAUUACGACUACGUUGAAUGCACGGACAUCCAUAUUAGCUGCCGCGAAUCCUCAAUAUGGACGAUAUAAUAUAAAGAAAUCUCCAACACAAAACAUAAAUCUUCCUGCUGCUCUUCUGUCUAGGUUUGAUAUUUUAUUUUUGAUUUUGGAUAAGCACAACGUUGAAGAUGAUGCCAAAUUAGCGGAGCAUGUCGCGCACGUGCAUCAGCAUGGUAAACAUCCAGAAAUGGAAAGUGAUAUUUUGGAUGUUCAAAUGAUUAGACAUUAUGUUGCCGAAGCGCGUUCAAAACGUCCAGUUGUUCCACCUGAUGUUUCAUCGUAUAUGGUUUCUUCUUAUGUUCAGAUGCGUCAAGAACAGGCAGAUGCAAUGGCUAACAAAAAAGCACACACUUAUACUAGUGCACGUUCGCUUUUGGCAGUAAUUCGUUUAUCUCAAGCAUUGGCUCGUGUUCAUCUGAGAGACGAAGUCAUGAGACAGGAUGUUAGCGAGGCAUUAAGACUACUUGAUAAGUGUCAAAAGAAAUAUAAUGUUUUUGAGUGA